AGACCCACGGCAAACAUGGCGUUGGAUUUCGCAGCGACGUACAAGGUUUUGGUGCUGGGCGACUCGAACGUCGGCAAGACCUGUAUCGUGCAUCGCUAUUGCGACGAACGGUACUACGAUACUUACAUCUCGACGAUAGGUAUUGACUUCAAACAAAAAAUCAUUAACUUGGACGGAACGCCGAUUAAAUUACAAAUCUGGGAUACCGCUGGCCAAGAAAGAUUUCGAACUUUAACAACAGCGUACUAUCGUGGUGCCAUGGGUAUCCUUUUGAUGUACGAUGUCACUAGUUUGGAGAGUUUCAACCAUCUGUCGUACUGGCUACGAAAUAUCCAAGAAAAUGCGUCACCAGACGUAGUAAAAGUUUUGGCGGCCAAUAAAUGCGACGCAACCGCGAAUCGGGCUGUGGAAGCUGAGAGAGGUCAAAAGAUCGCUGAAAACUUUGAUAUGCCUUUCUUCGAGGUAUCGUGCAAGGAGAACAUCAACAUCGAGGAAGCUUUCCUCACUCUAGCCAGAAGAAUACGAGAACAACGGGGUCGCCGGGCUAGCCUGUUCGAGGCUUCCGAGAGAGAAGGCGCGGACAGUAUAAUUAAGGCGCAGUCACCGUCUCAACAAGGUGAUGCCUGGAGAAUGGAGGCGAUAGUGGAGUAUAAUUAUGUGGCGCAAGAGGAUGACGAGUUGACGCUAAGGAAAGGUGACAUCAUCACUGGGAUCAAGAUGAUGCUUGGAGGAUGGUGGGAGGGCACCCUGAGGGACAAGCGUGGCAUGUUUCCCGAUAACUUUGUUAAGGUAUUGGACUCCUCCUCGACCGCCAGCGGAAAUAACGGCAGCGAGACCGUAAGCAGCACGAAAUCUGACGAGAAUGUCACCUUAAGGAAUGGCUCCGGUAGACGUUUCUGCAAAGUCCUCUUCAGUUACGAACCUUGUAACGAGGACGAGCUAACUUUAGUGCCGCAAGACUCCAUAGAAUUUUUGGGAGAAGUGGAGGAAGGAUGGUGGAGAGGUCGUCUCAGAGGUAGAGUCGGUGUGUUUCCUUCAAAUUUUGUUUCUGCACCUGCCCCCGAAGAACAAGAGAGGCACAAGGAGAGAGACAAGAAGGAAAUAUGUAGAGUACUCUUUCCCUAUGAGGCUGCUAAUGAGGAUGAGCUUACUUUGGUUGAAGGAGAUAUAAUCACCCUUUUCUCUAAGGAUGCGCUGGACAAGGGUUGGUGGAAGGGAGAAUUGAGGGGACAAGUUGGUUUGUUCCCUGACAAUUUUGUCGAAGUGAUUGGUAUAAAAAACGAAUCCCAGGAACAAGAUUCCCAAUGGCAUGAAACAUCGUCGCUAAGUGCAAAGUCGACCAUUAGACAUUCCCAUCAAGUGAAGAAAGUCGAGAAAGCGCACGUUAGAAAAAGUCUGGAUACCAGGAAUGUACAUUCGAGUAAUAUAUCAGAUCACUUCCCUACUCUAGACGCUGCUAAAAAGGGCCUAUCUACAUUGUCGUCCACCUCAACGUCGUCGUUGACAUCUACCGGAAGCGGAAACAGUGAUAAGAAAACGGCCGGUAGCCAUUCGAUUAUAUCGAGCCUAAAGCGUUUCGUAAGCGACGUAGGAAAUAAUAACGGGAUCAGCAACACGACGAGUACCGCUUCGGAGUGUCGCGAGGAGUUGGACGGCGUAGAACGAGGGGAGGGCACUCCGCUUUCGCAUUUGACAGCUUCUCGCGCUAAAGCGCCUCGGCGACGUCCGCCUUCGUCGCAGCAUCUACGCCACGCUGCUGGAUCCAACGCAAGCGCAUCCUCGACGCUGCCAACCGUUCCCAACACUCUUUUGGAAGAUAAUCUGUCUAAUGGACGCACCGAUGGAACCACGUUGGAACAAAUACCUGAUGAAGAAACGGACGGGCUUGCGGCAAAAGCGAGAAGAAAAGCACCAUGGGUCGAAGAAUUGAAGAUGAAUCAGAUGGAGAGGAGAAAAACCGCUACGGUAGAGCGAGUCGAUAAAGUGGAAGUUAAAAAGGAACGAAAUUUCUCGCGAUUAAUGACACAAGGAAAUACCGCGGAUUCCACUAACAAACAGGAUACCGAUAACGACGAUAGCAAACCGAAAGAUAAAAGUCCGAGAGCCGAAACAAGCCCCCACGCCGACCAAAGUCCUAGUUCAUCUGGUCAACCUGCCUACGUGCCGUAUGCCCUCUACAGUAAAUUAUUGGAAAGGGUCGCCGCGUUAGAGGAGAAACAAGCGGUAUUGCAGGCGACAAUAGGACAGCUCUCCGAACAGCUCGUACCUCUUCUCGCAAACGCAUCGGUUAACAGCAAAGUAUAAUACGUAUCGGUGUUAAGAGAGAAAAAUCAAUAGUAUAUUUAUCUGCCCGUACUACCACUGUGUUGUUUUCUCAUUAAAUCACAUAAUGAGAAAGAAACUAAUACUGCUAGAAUAACUAUUACUGUUGUUAUAUAUAUAUACACACACACGCAUAUAUAUUUAUUCAUUUGGUAGUAUACGUUUAUUGUUUGCUCCGUCGAUGCAGUAUUCGCGUGACCCGGUUAAAAACGGAACAUUCCAUAUGACAUUCUUCGUCUGUAAAAGUAUUUCUUUUUUAUUUGAUUUUUGAUAAUUUAACAGAUCUCAUUGUAACUGCCGGAAUUGAUCACUCUCUUGAUAAUCAUAACCCAUUUACGGAUGCUUAUAGACGUUCGCAAUCGCGCAGCUUAAGCUCCACAAUUUUCAUUUCAAACUCACGACACAUAUCAAAUUAUGAGACGCAAAUCUUCAAUGUACAUUUGCACAUAUUCUAGAUUAUUAUGACAAAACUUCCCUGUUAUCAGUAGCACGAAAAAUCUUGCGACGUAAAGUUCCAAAAAGAGAAAAGAAAGAAGGAAAAAAUAGCGCAAGUGUCCUUCCAGAUGGGUGCCUGUGCUUUUCUUGUACCAAUUUGCAUUUUAUUCAUUGUUUUAUGUUACUUAUUUACGUAUAUAUUUUAAUAGAAUUUACGAAAGAUUGCUAACUAUCUUAAUUUUAUUAUCACAGACGAUAAGAAUACUUGGAGAAAAGGAUAGAAAAGUACUUAAAUUCGUAGUUCGAUAGACGUAAGAAUUAUGUGAUUCUUUUUUUUAUCCAACGAACGCAGCUGCCUCGCGAUAACUGCAAUGUGUGAUGAUUUGCUGUAGGUUUCUUUAGUAAUCUGAGUGCCAAUGUAAGCAUUUUUUUUGUUUAUUGCAUUUCCGAGAUGCCUCAUUCAACGAUAGUGAUAAGCGAUCCUCGUUGAUUUUUCACGAGAAAUAUCACCGGACUGCGGACCGAAAUACGCGACUCGUACAAGUCUAAUUCGACGCGUUCGUCGAGCCAUUUAUUUUCACCCGCUUAUCGAAGCAUGUUCCGCUCCGGAGCGGAAUGUCUUUGAAACGGUGCUAAUAGCACGAUAUGUGAUAUAUCGUAGCGUCACGUGGUUAUAAUAUACAUAUAGGAAUGAGGCACAGCGAGAGAGAAACAUUUAUGAAUGAAAAAACUUCUGUUCUGUCCUAAAUAUCAUGAAAGUAUCAUGACAGGACGAUAAAACUAUAAGAAUGCAUUGUAGGCCGCUUUGAACGACAGAUUAGCAGCUUUGUUCGAUACAUUCGCGAAACGUGUUGAAUAUAAAAAAAAGUUUUUAUUUUUUUUAUGAAAAUGGAAUUUUAAGUAAAUAUGGUGUAAAAUCUAAUGAAUAAAGAUUAGAGAUAUAUGAGAGGAAAUACGAGACGCUAUUUAAUUUUUUAUAUCAGUAUUCCAUAAAAUAUAUUUAAUACUUUAACUAACAAUAGUGGACUGAAAGCUAUUUCCUCUAAUCAGGUUGAUAUAAAAGAGACUUUAUUUUUAUGCAGAUAUGCAUACAUUGAAUAAUAUGUAUAUAUACAUAUAUAUAUAUAUAUUUUAUUCUCUCUCGUCUCCAUUAAUUUUGAGCAAUCAAUAGUUCCAUACUGCGGAACCUGGCAGGUUUGAAAAGCAGUACAAUUAUCAUAUUUACUUGAUAAUCGAAUGUGUAUAUGUUGGUCGAAUUGCAAUUUAUCAAUGUACCGCACAGUGUUUAAGGUUCGUGUAUAAAACGAAAUAUAUUUUGGGGCGGCUCAAUCACUUAAUAAUGUCUCGCAAAUAUACUUUAACUGCAUAAUGUACGUUAACAGCCAUAAUAAGUUUUGCAAGAGAUUUUGCAAGAAAAAAAAUUUAUAUUACGUUAAGUGAAAUAUUUUCUCAAAUUAGAGAGGAAAAGUUACGAUGCGGUAAAAAGAAUUAUUAUUUCAAACGUAAGUUUUUAUUUUACAUGUAAUCCGUCCCCAUUAGAAAGAACAUUAGAAAGAUACCAAUAUGCAAUUCAUAAGUUGGCUUAAUUAUCGUAAGGCUAUAAUAUUUGAAUAUAUAUAUAUAUAUUUUGAGUAAUUAAAUUUAUGUAUUGAAUAGUUUGCACAUGAUUUUCCUUCUUUUUUUAGAGAAGGUAUCAUUUCGAUAUAUUGACCUAAAUCAUUCAUUAUUUAAAGCACGCUUUUAUCGACACACAUAUGCUGUUUCGAAAAUUUAAUCGCAAGGCAUCGCAAGAAUAGCUCGAAGUUAAUUAACGAGCUCUAAUUUUAACGAAGCGCAAUGGCUUUUAACGACGGAGGUACCUCUUUAUAUUUGUAGAGUAUCGUAGAUAAUUUUGAAGCGCUUCUCUUUGUAACUCCGUACAAGAUUGUAUUAAUUUGCAUAAUAUAUAUGUAACGCGUUCAUUUUAAUUAGAACUCAAGGGCAACUCUCUCAAUCGGCAUCUAAUACUGAGACCAUGCUUACAAAAGAAAGUUCAAGAUAAACGAGACCACGUUUAGAUUCGUACGUCGCUGUAAUCACCUCUUUUUAUACUUUUAUAUUUCGCUGCAGAUCAAGUCGUUUGAACGGGACAAUUUUUACGUGAAUAUAUGUUCACUCACAUGGUAUACAAAGCUUCGGUUUACAAAUGCGACACCAUUAUGCACCUUCUUGCAAGUGUAACGCGUGACAAUAAUAGUUUUUAAGCGAGUUCGAGAGAACUUUUGCUGAUUUUUUUCUCUAUAAUUUAUACGUUUUGAGUAGUUAUUUUAUAAUCAGGAUCCGUGGGAGCUCAAUUAAAAUAUUUGGUUGCAUUUUAUGUCUUUUGGAGAUAUUUUUUAGAACGAACAGUUGUUUGUCAAGUAUCAGUUAGUCAUAGUUUCGCACGAU